AUGUCCUACUACGACAGUCCCCAAUGGGCCGGCCCCAACAGCCAGCAGGGUAGCAGCAACUGGGAACCCCAGGGUGCCACGACACCCACGCGCGCAGGCGCCAGUGCUCCCCAGCCUCAAGACGACUACGCCUUUUCGUACCAGUUUGAUGAGGUUGACCGGGCCUACGAAAACCUCCAAAAGUCCGGCAAGGGCUUCAUGGCUGGUGGCCGCCGCAAGUUCUCGCCGAUGCACCACGGACCCGGUUCGGCUCGAAGCACGCCCGACUUCGAAGGACGCAUGUCAUCGCAUGGACCUAGCUCGCGCCCGCACUCGAACCACUUUGACGGUCCGCCUGGCCCACCCGGCCGUGACCUGAACAACUUUUACGCGUCGCAGCGUCACCAGCCCUCGCGUGGCUCGAACGAGGCAGAACAGGUCAUGCAGGCGAAGCGUAGGAUGGCGGCGCAGCGUGAGCGUGAGCUGCGCAACCUGCACACGGAGCAGCAGUACCAACGAAAUGCAAUAACAGAUGCCUCGCCGGCUCCUAGUGCCAGUGUAGGCAACAGCAACAACAACAACAACAACAAUAGCAGCAGCAGCAGCGGCGGUAACAACACCAACACCAAUAACAACAACGCCAACCAGCAGCCGCAGCAGAAGCAAAUGUCGGAGGAGGAGACCCGUGAGCUGAUAGCUCGCCAGCGCAGCGCACUAUACGGCGAAGGACCAUUUGCCGACAAGAGCACAUAUGUCGACGAGAACGGACAGAUCCGCACAGGUGCUCCCGGCCCUAGCGGACCCGGCAGCCUGCGCGGCGCCUCCCCCUUUGACAACAACGGCCGCAUCGGCGACAUUGGCACGCCCGGGUCCGGGGCUGAUCCCAAGUCGGCAGCGGCUGACCCAAGCCCCCGUCCUUCCGGCACCGCCAGUCCAAACGCCCCCGGCCCUACCAACAGGGUCUUUGACAAUGCUGUCGGCCCUCAUAGCCGCACCAGCACUUCGAGCCCAACUGGUGCCUCGCCGUCUCAUGACCUUGCACCUGGCUCGAAGCCUGCUGUGGCGCCCAUAGGAACUCGCCCCUCUGGCACACCGACGAAUGCGCAGGGCAACCAGAACGCGCAAAACAACCGCUCCACCACUCCCAUGGGCUCCUCUGGCGGAUGGGGACGUGGCGGCGGCAGUGUCUGGGGGCAGUCCGGCCUGGGCACCCAGGCGAGCGUAUGGGGCUAG